AGCGGAAGCGGCGAGAGGAGAUGCGAGAGGGGCUGCGCCGCCGGCACCAUGCGCCCCCUGCCCGCGCCGGCCGUGGCCGCGCUCUGCCUGCUGGCGCUGCCCGCCGCCGCCGCCGCCGCCUACUUCGGCUUGACCGGGCGGGAGGUCCUGACGCCCUUUCCAGGGCUGGGCACUGCGGCAGCCCCCGCGCAGGGUGGGGCCCACCUGAAGCAGUGUGACCUGCUGAAGCUUUCCCGCCGACAGAAGCAGAUGUGCCGGCGUGAGCCAGGCCUGGCCGAGACCCUGCGGGAUGCUGCGCAUCUCGGCCUGCUUGAGUGCCAGUUCCAGUUCCGGCACGAGCGCUGGAACUGCAGCCUGGAGGGGAGGAGCGGCCUGCUCAAGAGAGGUUUCAAGGAGACAGCCUUCCUGUACGCGGUGUCCUCGGCUGCUCUCACGCACGCGCUGGCCCGGGCCUGCAGCGCUGGGCGCAUGGAGCGCUGCACCUGUGACGACUCCCCGGGCCUGGAGAGCCGGCAGGCCUGGCAGUGGGGCGUGUGCGGCGACAACCUCAAGUACAGCACCAAGUUCCUGAGCAACUUCCUGGGGCCCAAGCGAGGAAGCAAGGACCUGCGGGCACGAGCAGAUGCCCACAACACCCAUGUGGGCAUCAAAGCUGUGAAGAGUGGCCUCAGGACUACAUGUAAGUGUCACGGCGUGUCGGGCUCCUGUGCUGUGCGCACCUGCUGGAAGCAGCUCUCCCCGUUCCGUGAGACAGGCCAGGUGCUGAAGCUGCGCUAUGACUCUGCUGUCAAGGUAGCCAGUGCCACCAAUGAGGCCCUGGGCCACCUGGAGGUUUGGGCACCCACCAAGCCAGGCAGCCCUGCCAAAGGCCUGGUGCCCCGGUCUGGGGACCUGGUCUACAUGGAGGAUUCACCCAGCUUCUGCCGGCCCAGCAAGUACUCGCCAGGCACAGCAGGCAGAGUGUGCUCCCGGGAAGCCAGCUGCAGCAGUCUCUGUUGUGGCCGCGGCUAUGACACCCAGAGCCGCCUGGUGGCCUUCUCCUGCCACUGCCAGGUGCAGUGGUGCUGCUACGUGGAGUGCCAGCAGUGUGUGCAGGAGGAGCUCGUGUACACCUGCAAGCACUAGGCCUGUGGCCCAGUGUGCCAGCCGGGCACUGCCAGGGCCUCCCGCUGCGCCCUUCCACCUGUGAGGCCACCCAGCUGUCCGGCCGGCCCCUCCGGGCAGGUACACACAGUGUGUGCAUGCACACACUGAUGUCCAUGCCACUGCACACACGUGUGCAACUCACCACACCUCUCUCUGCUGCCCCUUGGCCAGCAUUUUCUCUCCCUUAACACUCAGCAAAGAGAAGUGGGGACCCCACCUCAGAACCCCAGGGUCUCCAGCCUUAUUGAGAACUUGGAACGGGAGGGCAGAGUGGGCACAGAUGUGGCGGGAAACAAGGGAGACAAAGAGAAGGGCAGGACUGUGGCCUUGGAGGGGAGGGAGGGCAUAU